UUAAGGUACUUACCUGACAUAUGUACUUUAGGAUUUCAAUCUCGUUGGUAUUAGACUCGACCGGAAGUUCAAAACGCGCGGGAACCAGAUGUUAUGCUACAUCCGGUUUCCCAUGAACUUAUCAGUUUUCUUUCUCGGCGGCUUGAAAGAUAGUCGUGUAUUACGUGCUCGUAAUUUCUGCCGUUUGAGAUGGCAGAAGAAAAUAGAAACGGAGAUAUUUCUCCGGUGGAAGAAGAUACUUUGGAGGAUUCCUCUCGUGAAGGGCAGAAGCCACCUUCAUCUUCGUCUGUAGUUACGAAGAAAAAGAGGAAGUCGAGGUCCAAGUAUUCGGAGUUAGAAGAUAAGUGGAACACAAAGUUCGGAAACUUAAAUAGUAAGUUAGAUAGCAUGUUUGACUUGUUAAAGGGUGAACUAACAGCUAGACAUGUACAGACAAGUACCGCAAAUGGUGACAAUAUAAAUACGUCUGAUAAUUCACUGUCACAAAGACAGUCCAGUUCAACUUCAAGUCUGUCACAAAGACAGACGAGUAAAAGUCAGUCACAAAGACCGACACUUAGGUCUAGAGAUUCAGAUAAUGAAUCAGCUGAUGAUCGUGAUGAUGUAAUGUCUUUGCAACCAGGUCAAAACGAAGUUUUGGGUUCAGGGACAGAGUCUGACAAUGAAGGCUCUAAUGAUGAACAGUUGUCAAGUAAAGCAAAGAAAUGUUUAUUUGAUAUUUUUGGUGAGGAUGCCAUUGCCAAGAAAACAGAGAAAAAAAUUGGCAUUACAAUGGACGAUUCUCAAAAAGAGGUUCUAAUGGGUCACUGGCGUGCACUCAAACCUAAUUUAGUAUCAGCAUUUGCUGAAGAAACUAAAGAACUAUUUCCUGUUGAUGAGGAAACAGAAAAAUUCCUUCAGGUACCAACUUUAGAUGAUUUCAUUGGAAAUUGUUUAGUUAAAAGACAUGGCAGUAAAGCAUCUUUUUCUAAAGGAAAAAAUUUAUGCUCCCAACCUUACAAAAUGCUUGAGAAAAUAGCAUAUAGAGGACAGCAAGCAAGUUUCAUGGGUAUUGUCAUUUGCAUGUAUAUGCAACAGAGUCUUGGUAAUUUAUUAGAAUUAUUAUCUGAUGAGACGCCUAACAUUGAUAAAGCUAUUCAACAAGUAAGGGACAUUUUUGCUAUGUCCACGAAAGAGUUGGAUCAAGCUGGUAGAGCAGGUGCGUUUCACCAUAUUUUGAGACGUCAAAUGUGUAUGACUGAUACAUCCAUGUUUCUACUUCAUGAUUCUAGAGACAUUUCAGAUUUGCCUCUGACUGGAGAAGGUGUUUUUGGGGAUAACUUAGUUUCUGCUUUAAAAGCUAGAAAAGACAAAGAUAAAACUCUUGAUGAUUUGUUGCCUGAUAUUUUCCCAAAAGACAGGAAAAGGAAAACACCUUCAACAGAGGAUUCUAGUAAAGCUAAAAAGGCUAAAAUAGAGAAAUCAGAUCAAAACAAAGACAAGUCAUCUGAGAAUUUUCGUAUCCCAAAACUGUCUUCCAACACAGGACCUAGAAAGUUCACCAAAAAGACAGAGGAUGGAAAAUUCUCCAAACCAGAUACUGGUUACAAGAAGACUCCCUUUCCGGCUAGAGGAGGGAAGUCCUUUAGAAAAUGACAAGGAUGAAGAAUGAGUUCUUCCUCGGCGAGU